CAGAAAAUCUAGAAGUGUCUAGAAACAUUGAAAAUGGAUGUAUUGUCACGACCAGCUGAUGAGUUCGAAAAUGAUCAAAGUGUUGAAACUAUGUGGGCAAUCAAAGCCUUUGAGCAUGCAGAAAUUUAUUUCAAUAUCUUGUGCUCAGUAGAUCCCAAACAUUUAACAUUGACUUCAGUAGAUGAUAUCAUCUACAAAAUAUUCAGAGAUGAGUUUCCCAAAUAUGAUAUUACAGUUAUUAAUGAGAAUGAACUGAAAAGCACCAAAGAAAAAGUAAAGUGGAGACCUUUUUGUGAAAAAUUCAAGACACUAGUAGAGGAUUAUAGUUUUGGAACUCUCCUCCGUGCAGAUUCUAGAGGAGAUUAUAAAGAAGAAAAUACAAUGUUAGUAACAAGAAUACAAUUCUAUGCAAUUGAAAUAGCAAGGAAUAGAGAAGGAGUAAAUGAUAUUCUCAGAAAAAAAUUCCACCCUAGACUAUUGGAAGAAGAAACCAGUGUGUAGCUCAAUUCAAACAAGAAAUAUUCAUUAUUUUUUGCUGGAAAUGGUUUGAUUCUAUAACUUCAUCAUCAAUACUAAUACUCAAGGGCAAACCCAAAAGUCUAAUAUAUGAAUAACCCAUAUAUAUUCAG